UAAUACCGGUGGCAACAUUUUCAGUUAUGGCCGUCAGUCAGUUGGAAUGGAGGCAAGCGAUAGUUGUCGAAUUUUUGCGCUGAAAUUAUCAAGUUGCUUGUAAAUCGUGAUUUAGUGAGAAUUGAAUUAAAUUUUAAACAACUUGUGAUAGUUUGUGCAUUUACAUUGUGACUUAAUUAAUCGUGAAUUACCUUAAAGAAUGUUUAUUGUGUCCUUAAAGUAAUAGGAUCGGAUCAGUGAUCAUUUAUAUUAUUGGAUUACAGUUUCCAGUUUGUACAACGAAUAUACUAGACAGAAUAAUAGUGCAAAGUGCAUCGAUGAGACGUCGCUAGAACUAGCCGAGGGAGCGUCGCCACGCUGCGUGGUUUACAUACUUAGGGGCGGUGUGUGAGUGUCGCACCGCCAUGUCGCAUCACAGCGACGAGCAAGCGCUGCUCACGGUCACAUCGGACUCGUUCUGGGAGCCCGGCAAUUACAAGCGGACGACACGCCGCGUCGACGACGGUCACAGGCUCUGCAGCGAGCUACAGGCUCUCGUACAGGAGCGAGCGGAUAUAGAGAAAACUUAUGCGAAAAGUCUGAGAGGAUGGGCGAAGAAAUGGAACGACCUUAUCGAGAAAGGCCCAGAAUACGGAACAAUGGAAGCAGCAUGGAAAGGCGGUAUGGUUGAAGCUGAACGUCUCUCCGAUCUACAUUUAAGCGUGCGCGAUCGCCUUGUCAACGACGUUAUAGCUCAGAUCAAGAAUUGGCAAAAGGAUACUUAUCAUAAGUCAAUGAUCCAACUAAAAGAACGCAAAGAAAUGGACGAGGCUUUCAAAAAGGCGCAGAAACCGUGGGCGAAACUUCUACAGAAGGUGGAGAGAACGCGACUAGAGUAUCACACAGCUUGCAAACAAGAGAGGACCGCGCAAAACCAGGAGAGGAAUGCUAGCGGCGACAGUUCCCUCAGUCCAGACCAGCGAUAUAUACUGGUAAAGAAAAUGGCAGAACGAGUUGCCAAAUGUCGAGAUGACGUUUCGAAGAAUCGCGAUAAAUACCAAGCGGCACUGGCGGAGAUCACGGCGUACAAUCCGCGCUACAUAGAGGACAUGACGACAGUCUUCGACCGCUGCCAGCAGAUGGAGGCGCAGCGGCUCACGUUCUUCAAGGACGUGCUCUUCAGUUUCCACAAAUGUUUGGACAUUAGCAAGGAACCGACAUUACCACAAAUCUACGAAGAAUUCCACCACACAAUAAACAACGCGGACCACCAGAAGGACCUGAAAUGGUGGGCCAAUAAUCACGGAGUUAACAUGGCUAUGGCGUGGCCGCAGUUCGAGGACGAACCGCCGGAGACCACCGAACCACGUUACAAAUACCUACCUGCCGCCGCUACAGCGGUGUUAGCGCGCGUGACCACCCGACCACGAUCAAUACCCAUCAGAGCCCUGUGGUCACGAGCUCAGAGGAGAUUCCGCCGUGCCCUUCCGACCAUCUGCUUCGGAGAUGAGAGGGAAAGCAGAGUGGCGCCGUCGGACACGACUAGCGUGUAUAACGACGGCCGUUGUUAUAAUGUCGCGUUCAUGGAAUACACUGAGGAGUUUCGGGACAUCGCGAAAGGAAAAUCCAAGGAGAGCCUCCCCACCGGACCCAUCACGCUCCUCAACCAGCGACCAGUCAGCGAAGACGAGCUUCCUCCGAUCACGGCUAACAACAAGACGGGUAAAACGAGCAAUCACACGGAACCGCUGACCAACAACGCGGUAAUGCAGAACAACACGAGCGCAAACAACACCAUCGAUAAGAAAACCAUUAGUGCACCCAUCGCUGUCACACGCGGUUCUAACGGAAGUGCCCCUCACGACUUCAGGAACGGCACGGCCGCCGGUCCGAAGUCGGCCAAGACGUCCCCGGCCAAGGACAGCGUGGGCAAGGACAACCCGUUCGAGGAGGAGGACUGGGACGAGGAGUCCGCCGGCGCGCUCACCGACACCGGCGAGCCCGGCGUGCCCGUGCGGGCGCUCUACGACUACACCGGCGCCGAGAGCGACGAGCUCAGCUUCCAACAGGGCGACCUGUUCGAAAAACUGGAAGACGAGGACGAGCAGGGUUGGUGCAAGGGUCGAAAGGACGGCCGCGUGGGACUCUACCCCGCUAACUACGUCGAGCCCGUCGGACACUAACCCCCGCAACACUCCGCGGCCCUCCGCACCGGGAGCCCUACGGCACACCGGGCAGCGCCUCGAGGCUAGGUUAUAAUUACAUACAAGUGCGGAGCGUCAUUAUGCGGUUUUAGGUAUUAAUUAGUCCAAUGUCACUGAUUUGUUACUUAAAAUUCACGGUAAAUUUUAAUUAAUAUUAAUUAAAAUCGCUUUUUUCAUUUGCCUCCACCAAUUAAAAAUAUAAAUUCAGUACGUAAAGUAAAAAGUCUGUUUUUAGACGAGUAUUUUCGCCUCACCGACUAGUUUACGAAUAUCAGUUUCACUGGACUAUGAUCGUCGUAUGUUUAUUCCAAAGGAACAAUAACGCCUAAUGCUGUAUUUUAAACGAAAAAUUGUAUUCUUUAUUUGUGACGGAAUGUAUAUUAUGAUUAUAACUAUAAAGUCACUCAGUCAUAAUUUAAGUACAUUGAAAUUAUAAAAGUUUACAUUCGAUUGAUGUUCUACAGAUUUUGACAUCGCUUGGCACAAUUGUUAAGAGUAGAUUCAGCCAUCGAAACGCCAUCUCCAAUUGUAAAAUUAAACUAUGUAAUAGCAAAACUAAGUAUUACGAUCCGAUUAUAACGCGUGCCGAUAACGAAAACAUUUAUAAAUGGCCUACAGUACUAAUGUUAGUACAGUUAGCAGAAACUUUUAAAUUUUAUUUAUCUAUGAAUAAAUGUCAUUACCUAAAUUAUCAUUAAUUGUGCAAAGUUUAGUUUCUUUGUUUAGUUUUUUUCCUUUUAAAUUAUUAUAUUUUAUAUUAUAGUUGUAUUGUUUAUUACGAAUAAAUAUUAAUUUUUUUACUGAUGUGUUCGCAAACUUUUUUCUAAUUGUAAACAGUGCAAAAGAGAUAGAAUAGUUUGCGAGUGAGAUGGCCGCUGAUCAGUCGCCGAUUAUAAAUAUUUUCCUUACUAGCACGAGUUAUACUAUCUUUACUUGCGUUAAGAUAAUUUGUAUAAACUUUAGAAUUUUUACGCUUCAGACUUUCUUCGUGAUUAUGGGUUUUAUACGAUAUGAGAGUUGGUAGUAGGUUAGUAACGAAGUUGUACUGAAGCUGCGUGUCGGUCGUUAGCUUUAAACACUCUUAUGAAGGUUCGACUCCUGAACGACGAAUUCCGAUCAUCGCGGCUCGGGAAUAUUUUCUUUUUUUGACGCUUUUAACUUCAACUUUGAAAGUGACGCGGCCCAAUUUUUGAAAGAUUUUAGAACGAUUAUAAAGCGAGAUGCGAUUCGGAAUUAAGUGAUGAGUAUUUUUGGAGAAUAUUUGUACAAUGUGGAAACCAAAAAAUUGUCUUUGACGUUUACGGAAUUAGGUAUAAUUUGCGCGAGGCGAGUCACGACCGAGCGACCGACUCUAUCUCGAGGAGAGGGGGGGGGGUAACGGUCGGUACUUCUACCUUUUUAAACCUAGCUAAGCCAAAAAAUUGAACGCCAAUUUAUAAUGUAGGCAAGCGACCGCUACCUGGCAACAAAUUUAUAUAUUUGUGAUAUAUAAAAUAUAAUAUAGGUGGUUGUACUGCACUGCAGGCGUUUUCUGUACAUACACAGUUAUAUAUUCGUCGUGCAUAUAGAAUAUUUAUUUCCCAUUGUAUAUAACGUGUAAUUAUAUAAUAUUGCUGUAUUUGUGAGCGCGACGGGUCCGCGUCCGGACCGGCCUAAGUGGAGUCGCGGGUGCUGCAGCGGCCGCCGCCCGUCGCUUAGACUAAUAACGGUUACGAUUAAUAUAUUACGAAGAUGUUUACCUUUUUCUUUUCCUUUUUUACCUCGUUUUAGAUAUUGUUAUAUUGUAACGUAUCGGAGUCAGUAGGCUGUAGGAGGCUGAUGUUUUAUCACUUGACUCGUGACCGCUCGUAGUUCACUUAGUCGUAGCGCUAUUUGUUUUCUUUGUUAUGAUUUCAGAGACCUCUGUGAAAUUCUUUGUAUUAUAUUAUUAUCAGAGAGAGGGUGGUUACGGACCACAUAUGUUAAUAUAUUAUUAAUAUUGGUAAAAUAAAAUUGUUAAAUAUGA